AUGUCAACUCCAGCCACAGAUACAGACAGCGCGUCUUCGCUCGAUGCGCACAUAUAUGAUACCCUAGCCUCCAUAGGCAAGAGCGAAAGGACAGUCGAAAUUGAGAUCCUGCCUGGUGCCUUGGGGCCGCUGCUCACAGAUGACGAUGGCAGCUCUAGCUCCAUAGGUAUCACCAAGAAGGCACUCAUCCAGGCUUUUAUCACCGCUAGAGGGGUCUUCUUCGCGUCCAAUCCCACGCCAGAAGACGAGGGCGACGACGAUGUGGUGGCGGCGGCAUCGACGGUCAUCCUAGUGUUCGACUCGGAGCACCUGACGGCCUGCAACUGGCGAAAACGAAGGAUUGUCAGAUCACUCUCGAAGCAAGGCUCAGAUGCGAUUGAUCGACCACCACCAUCGCCAUCGCCAUUACCACUGCUCUGUGCCGAGUGCAACUUCACUGCCUCCUUGCUUGGAUCGCCUUUACACCGCCAUGCAAAGUCACCGACGCUCUGGUACCAUCGCUUCUGGCUCAUGCAGGUCUACCUUCGUCAUCAGCACCACUACAGCUACCAACAGCCCAAGGCUGAGAUGCUAAAGCGAGAAGUUGAGCUUGUCCUGCGGGCCGCUGAGCAUCAUCCCAUGAACUACUAUGCAUUUAGCUAUCUACGGCAGUACUUGGCGCUGUUGAGUGGUAGCGAUGGUGGUCUUGACGAUCGAUCAAAGCUCAUCACCACAUACGAGGUUGGUGUCAAGGUUGAAGCCGAGCAUGACAGGGGUAAUAUUGCGACGACGGCUCCAGAGACGGGAGGUGGUAACUCCCGCCUAAUAUCCGACGCCCAUCUGAUCACUACUAUGAGGGACUGGUGUCUACGUAAUCCGGGCGACAACUCCGGGUGGAUGUUCCUCCUUCAUGUACUUACGCUGGUCCGUGAUGGCGGUAACAAUUAUGACGACGGUAAUGACGAUGUGGUGCAUGAUGUUGUACAGCGAGUUAUUCAGUUUGGCCGUGCAGUGCAGUGGCAAAGGGAGGCUCUGUGGACCUUUGUUGAGCUUGCCAGGUCGAGAUUAGGGGCCGCCAACGAAGAAGAGGAAGCAGGACAAGCAGAAGGUGGGCUACAUGUCUGGCAUGACUGGGGCCAGGAUCGUGGCCAGGGACCGGCAGCGUUGGAGUUGGAUGGCCCUGUGGCAAAUGAGACUCUCACUAGUAUGCCGCCAGGUCCGAGGCCGUGGAAGAGGUGGACUCGUCAGGUUGGUCUCCCGUGA